CGAGCCCCCAUCGUUACACGCAUGCGCUGACUCAAGGUGAAUUGUUUUCAUACAAACAGCUGAGUGUGUGAAGUGCGUUAAUCUGUAGUUGAAGCUGUGUCUCACGACAAGUGAAAGAGGCACACCAUCCGGAACAUAACUGGACCCUGCAGGUGGACAGAGACACAACAGGAUGGCCAGUGUGCUGUGCCGUAGAGCCAGGCUGGUCAGUUACCUCCCAGGACUUCACGUGCUAGUGCAUCGUGUGGCAGGAGCCAGAGCCUUCUCUGCUGCUGGUUCCUCAGGCUCUGAUGAACCACACGUAGCCAUCACUCUAUCUGAUAUGGGACUGCGGACAGUGUGGCCUGAUGAGAGCAUGGGGCCUUUUGGGCCCCAGGACCAGCGCUUCCAGCUGCCUGGUAAUGUAGGCUUUGAAUGCCACAUGGAAGGAAUAACAAAGCAGAAGGAGAGUCUGUCACACAAGAUGGUCCCUGAUGUGCUGUCAUCCCUGUCCAGUAGUGAGAGACAUGAGUUCAUACUGGCCCAGGUCAUUGUAGACUUUGACAAAGAUGUCCCAGCCUCUUCUCAGAGUGUCAGUAGAGCUGAACAGUACUUUGAUAAUUCCAGUGUGGAGUGUGCUAUACAGUCCUGUCCUGAGCUACUACAGAAAGAUUUCCAGUCCAUGUUUCCUGAGGCUCCAUCCUCUGGUAUGAUGGUGGUGACAGUUACCCAGAAGACCAAGAAUGAUAUGACAUCAUGGUGUGCUGAUGUUGAGGAGGAGAGAGAGAAGAUGCUUAGCAAGUUCGUGGAUGGAGCCCAGGAGAUCUGCUGUGCGCUGCUAAAAGAAGGAUUCUGGGCAGACUUUAUCGACCCUUCCUCAGGCCUGGCGUUCUUUGGCUCGUACACCAACAACACACUGUUUGAGACCGAUGACCGGUACCGUCACCUGGGUUUCCAGAUCGAGGACCUAGGCUGCUGCAGAAUGAUCAGACACACUCUGUGGGGGACACACGUUUUUGUGGGGACAAUAUUCACAGACGCACCACCCAGCAGCUUUAUUAUGAAGAAGCUUCAGGGGAGCUGAACUAAAGUUCAGGGACUUUGGGCUGCUAUUAAAGCUGUUUAAAUCCC